AGGUGAAAGGUAACUACGGCUACCGAAGCAGGUCAUUGGUCUGCGACUAGCGUCGUGUGAGUUUCAAAGCAGCUACGCUGUUUCGGGAACUCGUAGCAAUAUUUGCGAAUAAACUCGGGCUUCAAGACAGAACUAUAUAAUGCAGUAUGGAGGAAGACUUGGGAAAGCCAGUAUAUGGGGCUGGCUACUGCUACUCUUCUCCUGCAUGCUUUGUGUCCGGUCCCACACAAGCCACCAUGGGCAAGCGGCUGGGUCCCAUCAAGAAGGGAAUGCGUAUCCUUCCAUCACCCGUCUAGACAAGAACAUGGUCCAGGACAAAGACCACAUCAUGGAGCACUUAGACGGGGUGAUCGACAAGCCGGAGUCCGACAUGACUCCACAGGAGCUGCAGCUUCACUACUUCAAGAUGCACGACUACGACGGUAACAACCUGCUGGAUGGCCUUGAGCUCGCCACUGCCAUCGCACACGUACACAAGGAGGAGAGAGAUGGGAAGAACCAGCCAAUGAAGGAGGAGGAGCUCAUCCAUCUCAUUGAUGAAGUCCUCCGAGAUGAUGACAGAAACGAUGAUGGCUACAUCGACUAUGCUGAGUUUGCAAGGUCCCUCCAAUAAAGUGCCUACUGCCUUACUGUGAGCGCUGUUUACCUCUGAUGUACAAAUCAAAUGAUCUAAAUCUAUCAGUUUAUCUGUACAUAGUGCAUAUGCUCAUAUCAAGUCCUGGAGGCCCGCAGUACUGCGUGGUGUAAUCUUUCCCCUGUUCCAACAUGCCUUCCUAAAGCACUUCAGAAUCGCUUACUAAACUGCACAGUAAGCUGACAUGCCCCUCCAGGACUAGUUCAGAUCUCAUCAGAAUAAAUGGUGAUGGGACAAGGUUACACGGGUUGUACUGUGACAUACACAUUUAAAAACAGGUGCAUUUUGCAGUCCAUGCAGUGCACUGGUUUUGUAAUACUGAACACACUUUAUUUGUUUUGGAAAGGCUUGUCAGAAUGAACCCCCGCCCCAAUGCGCAAACUGCCAAAUGUGUCUGCUGUAAACAAAAGUCCUUCAUUACUGUUGCUGUACUAUGUUUUGUGGAAGCAUUCUCACGCAAAUGAUGGUCAGAGGUAUGCUCACUUCUGUGGUAUUUAGAUCAUGGCAGUGACGUGACUGCCGCCUGACUGAGGAGAACCUGCUGAUUGGGCUGGUAAAGUUGCUGACUUGUCUGAGAACAGUAUAUACAUUCCUGGAUUUCUUUUGGUUGUUUGUGUACAACAUUGAAUUGAGAAACUGAUUGCAGAUAAGCGCACGCAAGAUACUGCCAGAUGUCAUUUAUACAGCUACAUGUGUGUUGUGCCUAUGAGAAAUCACUGUCCAAAGUCUGUCCAUGUUUAAUUCCCGGUUUUAAAUAAAUGACCCCUGUUUGAAAUGCA